AUGGCCGCCGCUCUUCCAGGCCUCGCAUUGCAAGCUUUUGCAGAUCUAUGGGGUCAACAACCCGAACUAGCAGCCGGGCUCUACGCUGUGGGUGCAGUUGCUGCUGCUGUGCCGCGCUACGUCCCAACGUUUGAGCAAGCCAAGUUCUGGUGUCAAAAGCCUAGGCAGUCGACUACACAUGUCGCUGAAUCCAUACCCGUCGCUAGCGAAGCACUUGGCACAGUCAGUGCGACAUUCUCUCGAAAUCGCCCGCCACCCGUCGUUGUCAUAACGCGAUCUGCUUCUCCUCCGCUGGCUACCGAAAUAAUCCUGACAUCUAAAGACGGUAUGGAACCUGAAGUAUCGGAUUCUUCCGCGCCAUUCAAUUUCGCCUAUACUGACUCCGGCUCUCCAGCUGUACGUUCUGUCACAUCGACAGAGAGCAGCUCAUUUCAAGCCCGACCCGCGUCCAGCGCUACGAUUGAGACAUCGCCGGAUGUAGUCAACAAGGUCUUGGGAGCCGUGCCAGCGGAAACACCAAACAUAUCCUCCGAUCAUAUCGCACCGAAACCAUCCAUCAAGACCUCCGUUUCGUUGAUCGCCGCAUCAGACGAAACAGCGGCAAGCUCAUCGCGAUGCCCUGUUAGAUGGGCUGGUACUCAGACCUCAGCACCGUUGAAUAGAUCCUCGGAGCCGGAAGGCGAAUCUGCAAGUAACUCCAUUGAUGCUGACUCGUCUGCGUCAGAUAAAGAAGCCUCUAACUGUACAAACAUGGUCUCUACAGUAUCACCGAACAUGUCUUCGCAUGGAAUACCCACUCACGGGAAUUCCACUCCGGACGACCCACGGCUCUCCAACGAAGCGACACAACAAACUACUGGUAUUGCAUCUAGUAGUGUUACAUCUAUAGACUCUGGUGAAUUUGGGCUGAAGCUUUCUCGGACAUUAUUCCAGGUGGUCGCUAACAACUUGCCUGCUAUGCCCAAGUCCUACAAGCAGACUGAGUCUCCUUCAAAUGAUAACAAGGAUCGCAAACCUUCGUCAAAGACGGCCUCUAGUCGAUUACCAUCUGAGCAGUUACUGUCUGAAACUUUGGAUGAUUCCCCCAGGCUUGGAGAACAUCGCCCAGCCUUCACAACGUCAGUAGAGAGACAGUCCAGCGAACCACUCCACGCUUCGCCAUUACUAGCGGAAUCCGAAAGUCUGUCCAGUUUUAAAAGCCGACAUGCGUCUGAAGAGAGUCAUGUGGCAUAUCGUGUGGAAGGAGAGCCUACUGCCUCAUCCAACUACAACGACUUUAUCAGCUGGGUAGACAUUGUGCUGAUACUAGUGCCUUCGAUUCUUAUCGCCACAAGCAUAGGUCUUGCGGGCAACGAUCCCUUGGACCAGGAUCUCUAUGCCACUCUAAUGGCUACACUGUGUACAGUUGUCGUUGGGUGUCUCCCUUGUCUCGAUUUCUGUUGGCCGACCUUGCGGUACUCAUUCCUUGCCAUGUACAGACACUCUCUGGAGUCUAUCUCCUCCUUCAUGUUACAUCUUACAGGAUUUGUUCGUCAAUGGCAGGAAACUCUAUCCGGAAUUUUGAGAAAGCAACAUGCCGACCACAUCAUCGCCGACCGGGUACCAUAUGCUGUUCUCAUUGGGUUUUUGUUCAUUGCCCUGUUGAUCACGAUCAACCAGAUGAUUACUCGACUACCCCAAUAUGCAGAACUAAGUCAGUGGGAAGCAAAUCGUCUUCGUCUGUACAAGGGCUUCGUUGGCACCAUUGCCGCUUUGAUCGUAGGUUGGUUCAGCGAUUAUAUUCAGGAUUUCAUCUUGGUCUUCACCACGACAGGUUUUAUAUACCUGCUUCAUUCGUACUACGGACAGAUACUGAGCUUUGCCUCUCGCUCGGUUUUCGAAACCUAUAGGUUGGUAAAGGAGGCGAUGUAG